GCGCGCACUGAAAGACUUCACUGCGUAUCAAAACAUGAUAUUUUCAAUGAGCUGCAGACGGGGAGGCUGUGUCGGUUGUUUAAGCUCUGCUGGAUAUUUAAGACAUUUGCAAGUUUAAAAACCUUUGUGUUUCUCUUAAAUUGCUUUAUUCAUGGCUUCUUUGUGUGAAUAUUAAACAUAACACGAGGAGCAAGGUCGCUGUCCAUAAUGGCCGAGGUAAUUCAAUUCUUAUGAUUUUCAACAAGCACGAUGUCGAUUAAUACGAAAUCUGAACGUGUUGGUAUGACUUAAUCUUGACUAAUCGUUAUGUUCUUCGUUGUUAUUACAGAAUUUCUUAAAAACAGGCUGUAUUUCGAUGCAAAUUAAUCGCUCGGAGUUGCAGAAGGUGCGUGUUAAGUUAUCGAGGGAUGCCUUGACCAUACAGAAGGAGGGUGGAGGAAGCGGUUCUACGGGUUCAUCACAUGCUUAUCAGCCCGGGGUGAGCUAAUACUUCUUCUUUUUAUUUUUUCUAUCUUUUAACUUGAGCUUCAGCUGAGAAUAUUUUUACUAGACGUUACGAGAUCGAGACGAUUUUAGUUGGGAUCAGGUUAAAUGUUCUGUCAUUUGAUUUCCCAGUAAGAAAUUAACGUUUCGAUCGAUUUUCGAUGUUGUUCAAUUUCCUUUAUGAUUGUUUACUAUUGACUUUUCGUUUCGUAUUCGUUUGUAUCGAACAAUUCAAAUUCAUUCAAUGAAUUCACUGAUUUCCCAGGGUGAUACACCGCCUGUAUUCUCGCUGGAAACAGGGACCAGUAAACAACAUUUCAAUUUUCUUUUUUCUUUGAAGCCGGGUGGUCUCUGAUGAUAUACACCUGGAAGUGAAUUAGAGAUCACACAAACAAUUCCAUUAAAAUGAUUUCCUUUGUCCGUCUUUGUCCUCUUUUAACAGAUUUGCAUAAUUCGGAUGUUAAAAAAUAAGUUAGCAGAUUUCUGUCAUUGGGGUAACAGAGAAUAUCACUAAAAGAAAAUCAGAUCAACAAGUGAAAGUGUUUUCGGCAAGAAGACAUGCAAUGGUUUCAAUGAAAAGACGUCCUUUUUUAGUUUUUUUUUAUAGUUAUAAAUACUUAUUAAUUCACUGAUGCAUUAAAAUAAAUCACAAUUUGAUUGCAAGGGCAAAUCAUGAAUUUCUAAGCAUUUGCGUAGAAUUUUCAUUUAUUCACCAAUCUCUUGAAAACGCGCGAUUUGUCAUUUUCUUAUCAUCGAUGGACUUUACACAGACAGAGGAUAUAUUUACAUGUAUUUAUAUAUAGUCACGGAACGUCUAGUUCUUUGCCUUAAAAUUGCGUUAGUUUAAAUAUUCCAGAAAAGCAAAUAAUUAAAAAGCAUUGUUCCUCAAUGACAAGCGAUAAAUUCAGUUUAAGUGAAAAUUAAUUAACUUUUUGUAUUUGAAAUAGUCUUGAAAGUUAAAAUACAAUCUUCUGACAUUUUUUACUUUAUGUUAAUGUUCCCCUCGGAGCGCAAAAUGUGCAGCCAGGCUCUAACAGACCAUUAACCAUCUUAGAUCAAAUCACAAAGUGUGAUAAAAAAAAAUUAAAAAAAUUGCCCACAGAUUUUUUUAUGAUGAGGUGAUAAUUUCUCUAUGGUUCUAUGGUUGAAUCUCUUGGCAUAAGCAAAAGAAUAUUCAAUUAUGUAUUCCUUGGCAGACAUUGAAAAUUAAGAAUCAAACAGUAACCCAACAUUUUUAACAAGAAUGUUACAGGUCAAAAUUAGAUUCAGGUUAAAGGUUUUUGUAAACCUAGGCUGAUUAUCUGCCUUUGCUUUGUCUCCUAGCCCUAAUUCAUGAAUAUUUAGGGCUAAGAGACAAAGGAAAUUGAGAAUCAACCUGGGUUAAAAAAUUUUAACCUGAAUGUAAUUUUGAAAUGUAACAAGGAUGUGAGUAAAAUGCUACCGGCUGUCCUGGUAGAUUAUUUUUUGAUGUUUUCAUGGGGCCUACAUGUAGUGGCUGCUGAGGAGUUCAUGAUUGCAAGUGACACCAAUUUUAAAAAAAUUCAGUCUCAAGUUCAAUUUGUUGGAUUUUUGUGGUCUCCUUUGCAUCUGUAAUUAAACGUUAAAACAUGUGACAGUUUAAUAAGUUGUAAGUAAAGAAGGAUGAAAAAUUGUAACAUGCCUGAAACUCAAAUAGGAGUGAUGAAGUUAAAUUCUAAUACCAAGAUGUUUUUGCAUGGCAUAUAAGUGCAAAUAUUGACUGAUAUUAUUUUUAGAAUGCAAAUGGCAAACCAGACUCACCAACAUGGAAAAAAUCUCCAUCUGGGGUAAGUGAAGAAUCUAAAAUCAAUCUUUAAGCAUUUUAAGCAAUUUGAUUGUGAGUGCUGGUAUGGCUGAAUCUGGGAGUGGGCAAUUAAAUUGUGUGUUCUGAUUGGCUGCCUGCUUUGGCAAGAUGGAUUCAGAUUAUAUGAAUUAAUAAGAAAUGAUCACCAAAAAAGUGAUUACUUCAGUGGUCGGAAAGUUCAAUGUUUAGGUCUGGUGUUGUAAACUGUUGUUGUAUGAAAAUGAGUCUUGUGAUGAGUAUGCGGUUUAUUUUUGGUGACAAUUGAAAUGACAUGCCACCUUCAUCAUAUUUCCUUGAUUUUUGUGUAUUUACACACGCAUUCUGAUCAAUUCAGAAGCAAAUCGUCGAAUACAAUAUAAAAAAAGUAGAUGUCCUGAAGAAUUCUCGACCAUUGAUAAAGUAGGAAUUGGAAAACGUUUAGCGAGGAAAUCCUAUUUCAUAUUGAAUAUAGUGCCUCCUAGACUUCCUUUUUUUGUCACAGUAGGUCUUCAGCAUUAGUUUUACUUUUUUGUUCGCUGCGCAUGGCUCUGAGGAAAGAAGGACAACUGCUCACAGUCUAAUCGCCUCCUCAUUUCUUAUCUUAUUUCCAAGCAAGCGAGACUCAAUGCUAUUGAACCCUUUAAGCCCCAAUAUCCACAUACCAAUUCUCCAAACUGAUCUCCAUAUAUUUCCUUCAUGAAUGAGUUGAGAGAAUUUGAUAAAAGAUCGGGGCAUUUUCCCGUAGGUGAUCAUUUUAUUAAUUCUCAUAACCUAAUCACUUUACAUUGUAUGGAUAUUGUUGGGAGAAAAUUGACGUUAGUCACCAUUGGGACUUAAAGGGUUAAGAGCGUUCUUGUUGAACUGGACUUUGUCUUGGUCCAUAUAUAAAAAUGCAAAAAGGACUCAGAAGGCCAAUAUCCAGCUAUCUUGACGACCUCACACUUGGUCAAUAAUGCAUUUGUUUCAUCUUUUUUUUCUAGAGCACAAAUGGAGAGACACCCUCUCCAACUCAGAGGAAACCCCUACCAACAGGGGUAGGUUUAAUACAAACAGUUCAUUGAUCUGGUCUCACAGUAGUGAUCAUAUCAUUUUAGUUUCUUAGUCAUAUAACUGUCUUUUCAACCCUGUAAUUAUAGUGACCAAACUGAAAAUUCCUCUCCAUGGCUGUCACUAAUAUCCCAAGUUGCCGGGUAAAUAUAAGAUGAAGGUGGGGAAUCAAGCAGCCAGGGUUUUUUUUCAGUUCUUUUUUUCAUCUAUUUUCCUAUGGAAUUAGCCGGAGGUCACAUUCAUAGUAGACAAAGGAAAUCCUCGAUCCCCGGCCCUUAAGGACAGCCCUGCCUUUUGGUUGUACUGUCGAACCCGCCUAACAGCCACCUCAGUAAUAUGGUCACCUCAUUAUCAUGGUUACUUUUUUUGGCCCAGCAGAACGGCCAAACAUUUUCUUGUAAAAAAUUCUCGUUAUUACGGUCACCCGUUAAUACAGCCAAUUGGCAACAUUUUAAAAUCCCAAACAGUAGAACCUUUUACAGUUUCACUCUGUUAAUACAUCCACAUGUCAGAAAUUUUGAAACUUAAAAUGCGUGUGGCAGGUCAAUUUCAUUGACCUAGUGAGCUGAGCUUGUUUUUGUACUGUUUUUAGAGUAGUCACUUAAGUCACUUACAUAAACAAUGCAUUUGUGGCAGUCUAAUAGCUGAUUUUUAAAACUGUUUUAUGUACUGAAGGAAAGUUUCAAGUAGUUUUUAUGCAUUCCUGUUUUUUAUUAAAGAGAACAGUCAGUUGUACAAGAAGAGCAAAUGCGAUACAUCGUGUAUUUUGUCUUUACAGUCCUUAAUACGUCAUGGAAUUUGACCCUGCCCCAGUAAUACGGCCAAGCACUGUAAAAACGGCUAAAUUUUUUUGGCCCAUUGGUGGUGGUAUUAUUGGGGUUCCCAAGACAGUCAAACCAGAGUGUGUAUAAUGGUCACCCUAAGGAAAUGGCAAGGUGACCAUAUAUACAGGCAGGCUUUUUAAGCCAGACAUUGGAUACUGGCUGUCCACAAGGCAUGUUUUCCCAUAAAAUUAUAAGAGAUUAGGUGAAUUUUCCUGGUAUCUCUUCCAAAAAUGGGCUUCCAUAGGACGGCUGGACACCCUUCUGGCUAAAACCUUGUAUACAGGUCAUUUUUGCAGAAAAUAUAAGGUAACUGAAAAUUUUGGGAAGUUUGUCUUGGACAUACAGUGACUAUAAUAUAUGGCGUGACUGCUCUAUAUAUAUAUACAGGCCGUCAUAUACAGGUUUGACUGUACAAGCAUUGGUGAAGGGAACAAUUACAAUGGUAGUCAUCAAAAAUUAAUGUUGUAUGUGCAUAUGGCUGGAAAUAAAUUUUAGAAAUUUUUGUGUAUAUAUUUGCACUGGAUUCAGUUACUUUUACAGGCAUAAGCUUAUCAAACUGAGAAAUGAUCAAUCUUGAUUUUUUGCUGACUAUUUUAAUCUAUAUUUUUUAUUGAUUUGUUUUGCUCAGGAAAGGAAAGUUACAGUGACAAGGAGAAAAGUUGGAGGAUUGGGAAUGAGCAUAAAGGUAAGCACAAUAAUAAUAAUAAUAAUAAUAAUAAUAAUAAUAAUUAAAGCCAUCUCCCCAUCACAUGCCACAGAACCAAAGAACUUUAUUAUUAUGAUUAUGAUGAUGAUUAUUAUUACCCUUACUUUAAUUUACCCCCCAAAAUGCAAUAAUUAUUAUUUUCUGCACCCUAUUGCAAACCUGGACCACUGUUCUGAAGAGGCAAAUAAUACAGAGAACAAACUGAAUCCCAGUCUGUGGAAAGCUCAGACAGAACAAAACCAUUUACAGUAUUUUUGGUUACACUGUAGCAAUCUGUAGCCAAACUUUCACAUGAAAAAAGGGGUCAAAAAUCAUUCCAUUGCAGGUGCGCACAUGCCUAUGUCACUUAUAUAAGGGAUUAUUCUCCUAUUGGGCAUAAUCAAAAUUUGUUGCAUGCAUGAUUCAUUCAAAUUACACCUGCUCUAUAUUCUUCUUACAGUACUUUUUGCAAUCCUACGUAUCUUAUUUCUAUUUAGCUUAAUAUUAACUACUAAAAUUAAUCAUUUUGUAGGGGGGUCGUGAAAGCAAUCUACCAAUAGCCAUUUCAAGAAUAUACAAGGACCAAGCAGGUACUGAAGUGAAUUUGACUGUAAAAAUAAUAUAGAAUAUGAUCACUUAAUUGUCUAAAUUAUAGCCUGCGAACAGCAGACGCAUUUCCUGUCGUCGCUUCUCUCACUCCGAAAAAUAGCGUCUGCGAAUCCGAGCGACAAAACGAUUUCUGUGACGUAAAACCUUUUUAGCCGAUCACGGUUUAGCUCUUAAAAUCAAGGAACUAACUCACGAGACUUCUCGCAGGAUCGUUCGCGAUGGAUAUGUUUUCAAGUCGAAAUUGAAAGAACAACGUGGCUUGUGUAUAGCCGUCCUUUUUUCUCAGAACGGUGCGUUUACGAAAGUUAAUUUGCCAGGAUUGUGGGACUGAUUGACGAAAUAAGUAUCAAGAGGAUUCAUAUCGAAGAAAAGAUUAGAGGACAUUUUUCAUCUAUUUUGCCUUCGAAAUGAUAACUGUCCUAAUGACAGUAGAUGCAUCAUGCCGUUUGUUGCUUCUGUUCCUUUCUGGUUCCUGGCAGGAAAGUAUGCCUUGGAGUUUGUCAUGUGCCGUUUUAGAUAAUUUUUAGUAGAUAUCCUUUAUCUUUGAAAGGUAGGACAUGUGGUGAUUGAUUUCCCAUGCGUGGUUGCUUCUUGGUUCAGAUAGAACUUUGAUCAGAUCGAAAGCAUUUUGUAUUUGUUCCGGUAUAUUUCUUUAAACACAUGUUCUUUUCAAGGUUCUCAUUUCCAUAGUUUUCUGUGAGAUGAGUAGAGGCGUCGUAGCUGAAAUGUCAUUUUGACUAUGAUUUAUUUACUGCUGUAACUAUUUAUUUCACACUGGGUCUGGCCCAGGUUAUAAUAUUUCAGAUCAUUGUGUUGUGGCGAUACUAGAAUUAUUAACCAGCGAUUGUUAGAGAUUUCUGAAUCAGUCAAGGAAGUGCCUGUAUAAUUGAUUCACCACCUUUUAUCAGUGCUGGUUAAAUUGAAAUAAAUAAGUCUGAGCGCGAUGUCAUUAAGCUAUGUUGCUUUCCUUUCACAGUAGCGAUUAUUUUGUCCAGGUUUUGUUUAUGUCACGUACUACCGUAUUUUAUAAAGCGAAACCAAAGGCCCACAUCACAUACACAGCUUAAGAAGCAGUUGCUUCACAAAGAAGUCAAAGAAGUGAAAUUCACGUUCCAAAGUGUAUUUGGUAAUUCUCUCCAAAAUCCAAGACAGUUCAGCGCGCGAGGUCGCGAGGAGUCACUCGAGCUGUAUUCUAUCCUUUGAUCUGAUUCCCUACAUCAAAACAAGAGGUUUUACGUCACGGAAAUCGUUUUGCCGCUCGGGUUCGCAGACGCUAUUUUUCGGAGGGAGAGAAGCGACGACCGGAAAUGCGUCUGCAGUUCGCAGGCUAUCUAAAUUAUACUUAAACAUCUAAAUCUAUUAACUUCCCUCAGCUCAUUACCCACCCUCUCUCAAUGGCUACUUUUUAUUCUCCCAGCGGCAGUUCAUACAGGUGCAUUGCCCAGGGGAACCCAGAGGUUCCCACAAGCCCCCUUUUUUGAGAGGCAUUCCUUUCCUUUUCCCACAAAAUGUUAGGAUGUCAAUGGAGAAAAGUCCGUGCUAUAAUCCUAAAAUAAACUGUCUUUGAGUGAUGGUUUUUGUUGAAAAUUCCUUCCCAUCAAAGUAUUUUUGUCAGCGUAAUUAAUGCUUUAAAGGUUUCUUGCCACUACGAUGUAUUACUAAUUAAAGGAAAUGUACGGGACAAAUUAAUGAAAAUAAAAAAUUUUGGUUUAGGGUAUAAGGGGUUAUAGAUGCCAGUGUCCUUGGUUGGUAAUUCCCUUGAAACUUGUUUACCUGUGAGCAUUCUUUCCAUUUAUAUUGUUCUAUUCAUUCUGAUCCUUUUCUUUGGUCUUUUUUUUUCAGCUUAUGAAACAGGCCAACUUCAUGAGGGUGAUAUUAUACUGGAGGUAAGGAGUUCAAUAUGACUGGUCCACCUUGGUUGUGUUAAUAAGUUUUUCCCAACUAGGGAACAUUUGGAGGGAACCCGUGUGAUGUUAAUUGGGUUCUUCCAAGCAGGGGAAGUAAUGGAGGUAGUGCUGAAAGUAACGGCUGGUCAACAGACUCUGUCUGGCCUGAUUUGCAACUUGACCGGCCAUAAACUUCACUCACUGGUCAAGUUGACCGGUCACAAUUACUCUCAUUCUUGAACAAAGAGCCAAAUCCUAACCUUUGUCUCAUUGGAGGAGGCCAUGCCCAUUUUAAGUCCUCUAGAGGCCUUAUAGAUAGUAAUUUGUGGAAGAACGUCACAAAUUCUGCUGAGGGCCUUUUGGCGGAUCUCCUUUCACCCUGUAAAACAAUAUUACUUAGGAAUUGUAGUCACUCCUAGGUACUUCCUCAAAUAAGGACUGAACGUUUUAAAUGCUGUUUUAUUAAUAGGUGUCUUUUGCAAUUUUAUCUGAUUGUCAAUUGUAGUCCCGAACGUUUGUUUUUGGAAUCAAUAAGGAGCUUAUUUUAUUUUUAUUUGUUAUUACCUUAUUUUAAAAUACAAUGACAUUCUUAAAUAGAAAAUUACACAAGGAUAAAUUAACUUUUUUCCCAAUAUUUUGACUAUCAGAAUCGAGACUUGACUAAACAAACAUUUCUUUGGCUGGUCAACAUGUCUGACUACCGUCUGAAAAUUAUUUUGGGCCCUGGGAAUCUGGAGGGCACCUUCAGGUGAUUUUGAUUGGAUCAUCCAAUUGGAGGACAUUUGAAGGGGACCUUGGUGAUGUUCAUUGGGAUUCCUUCCAAGUGUGGGACGUUUGGAGGGCACCUUGGAGGGGACCUUGUUAACUUUGGUGUUGUUAAUCGGAUUUCAUCCAAUUGGGGGACAUUAAAGGGCACCGAGGUGAUGUUCAUUACAUUCCUCUAAAGCAGGGCUAGUUGGAGGUGACCUCGGAGACUGUCAGUGGAUUCCUUUCAAGUGGGAAAAAUUUGGAGGGGACCUUGAUGAUGAUAAUUGGAUACCUUCCAAGUUGGAGACAUCUUGGAAGGGACCUUGGUCAUUUUAACUGGAGACCUUUCAAGUGGGGGACAUUUUUUAGAGAGGACCUGGUGAUGCACAUUGUAUUCCUCCAAAUUGGGGCAUGUCUGGAGGGGACCUUGGUGAUGUAAAUUGCAUUCCUUUCAGGUUGGGGUCUUUGGAUGGGACCUUGGCGAUGUUCAAGAGGAAGAGGGUUUGAGAAGGCAUUGAUGAUAUUAAUGACAUUCCUUCUAAGUAGUGGAGGUCUGUAGGGGGCAGUUUGGAUUUUUGGCGUCAAAAAAGGAUUAAAGUCUUGCUUUAAGUUGCUUCAUCUCGAUAUUUUUGACCAACUAGUUGGGUUUUACUAAAUCAAUUAUUCCUUUCUCCCUCAUGGCCUUUGAGUCGGUAGCCCUUUCGGCCUUCAGCCUGAUGGGCUAUUGACUCAGAGCCCAUUCGGGCUUGAGCAAUUAUUGUUAAGGAGCUCCAUCGCAUGUUACUAGUCAGCAUUCUGUUUGGUGGUGAACAGUCUGCCUUGCUUUCAUCAGGUCCAUAUGCUUGAGACAGCUUUCAUUCCCACGCACCUAACCUACAAUAAGCAAUGCAUUUGUUCAUUUUUAAAUGUAUAGCAUCCCUCCCUGGUUGGUUUGAGGUAAAGUGUGGGGUCUUAAGGGUAACAUGCAUAUUUUUAUUCACUGGUUGCUUUGAAUCUGUUUAAGGUCAAUGGACGAGACAUACGCAAGGCUUCUCAUGAUGAGGCAGUAAGUGUCAUAUUUUACACUACUUUGUUACUCUAGGACAGGGCUGUCAUUUAAGUUUUAAGUAGCUGGUCUUUCAAGGAAAGUUAAGCUGGUUAUUUAUGUUACAAAUCUUCCCAUCUUUGUUAUGUUUGACUCAUUUUGACACUCAAUUUAAGUAGUUGCUGAUUUUACUGCAGCAGCCCAAGACAGGGUUCACACAGUCUUGAAAAGUCCUUCUAUUUUUCCAUGAAAAGUCCUUAAAUUUUGUGCAAGUCCUUGAAAGGUCCUUGAAUUUUCUUCAACUUUGAAUGUAGGGGCCUGGAAAGUGUUUUUUAUUGCUUUUUGGUUAUCCAACAUACGUCAUAGCUCAGAGAAGUUAAAGGUGAUUUACAUUAAGUGUUUUUUGUUUUACGUAAGAAUUGAGUAUCAAUAUUUAAGACAAUAAGUGUACUGAAAAAUGUAGAUACAUUAGUGGGGCAAAUAGUUAAAGCCAUUAAGUCCUGUUUCAAUCCAUGGACUGGGAAUGUGCAUUUUUUUACAAUCUGGGAAAUUACAUUCCUGGUAGGUGCAUGGUCCUUGAAAAGUCCUUAAAAAAAUGGUUGAAAGUUUUUGUAUGAGCCCCGUAAGAGGCCUGAAUUUGAUCCAUAUUUGCUAGUGGGAGAGGGCUUGCCACCAGACCUGCUCAGAGGGUGGGGUCCUUUAAGUAAUUCCUUAGAAGGAAUAAUUAUGGAUGUCCACUUACAUUGUUCUGGCUCAAACUCUUUUUGAAGCUACUUAUUAACUUACUGCCUUUUGUUGCAUUCUUAUCAACAGGUUGCAGCACUAAAAAAGGGAGGAUCAACUGUUGAAUUGAAAGUCAUUCACUCUUCUGCAGGCUCUCUAGGUACUGAAGCUCUAAGAUCGUGGAAACCAAGGGUUGCCAGGGAUGCAGGAUUCUGUAUGAAGCUAGCAGUUAGGGGUCCAAAUUGUGCAUUAUAUUGAUAAUAAACAUUUUAGAGUCCUCCUUUCUACCACAAAUGCUUAACUCAUCUACAUACAUCCUUUAAUUAUGACCCUGCUGACGUCUGAUGUCAGGUGUCCGAUAUCAGAUGUCUGAUGUCAGAUGUCUGAUUUCAGACGUCUGUUGGCAGACAUCUGAUUUCAGAUGGCUGAUGUCAGCUGUCUGAUGUCAUACGUCUGAUGUCAGCUGUCUGAUUUCCGACAUCUCGUUUCAGACUUCAUAUUUCAGAUGGCUGAUGUCAGCUGUCUGAUGUCAAACGUCUGAUGUCAGCUGUCUGAUUUCAGACGUCUGUUUUAAGACUUCACAUUUCAGAUGUCUGAUGUCAGGUGUCUGAUUUCAGACAUCUGUUGUCAGACGUCUGACUUAAGGUGUUUGAUAUCAGACGUCUGAUGUCAGGUGUCUGAUUUCAGACGUCUGUUGUCAGACGUCUGAUUUCAGGUGUUUGAUAUCCAACACCUGAUGUCAGGUUCUGUUAUCAGACCUCUGAGUUCAGGUGUGUGAUUUCAAACGUCUGAUGUCAGGUGUCUGAUGUCAGACGUCUGUUGUCAGACGUCUGAUUUCAGGUGUUGAUAUCAGACAUCUGAUGUCAGGUGUCUGUUCUCAGACAUCUGAUUUCAGGUGCCUAAUAUCAGACGUCUGUUGUCAGACAUCUGAUUUCAUGUGUUUAAUAUCAGACGUCUGAUGUCAGUGGUCUGUUGUCAGACAUCAGAUUUGAGAUGUCUGAUUUUAGAUAUCUAAUGUCAGACCUCUGAUUUCAGAUGCCUAAUUUUAAGACAUCUGAUUUCAGGUUCUGUUAUCAGACGUCUGAUGUCAGGUGUCUGUUGUCAGACAUCAGAUUUAAGACGUCUGAUUUUAGAUAUCUGACGUCAGACCUCUGAUUUCAGAUGCCUAAUUUUAAAUGUCUUAAUCAGAUGUAGGUGUCUCAGGAGUCUCAUUUCAGAUGUCUGUUGUCAGACAUCAGAUUUGAGAUGUCUGAUUUUAGAUAUCUGAUGUCAGACCUCUGAUUUCAGAUGCCUAAUUUUAAGACGUCUGAUUUCAGGUGUUUGAUAUCAGACGUGUUGUCAGACGUCUGAUUUCAGGUGUUUGAUAUCAGUCAUCUGAUGUCAAGUUCUGUUAUCAGACGCCUGAUGUCAGGUGUGUGAUUUCAAACGUCUGUUGUGAGGUGUCUGAUUUCAGGUGUUUGAUGUCAGACAUCUGAUGUCAGGUGUCUGAUUUCAGACGUCUGUUGUACAGACGUCUGAUUUCAGGUGUUUGAUAUCAGACGUCUGAUGUCAGGUGUCUGGUCUCAGACGUCUGAUUUCAGGUGUCUGAUUUCAGACGUCUGAUUUUAGGUGUUUGAUAUCAGACGUCUGAUGUCAGGUGUCUGUUGUCAGACAUCAGAUUUGAGACGUUUGAUUUUGGAUAUCUGAUGUCAGACCUCUGAUUUCAGAUGCCUAAUUUUAAGACAUCUGAUUUCAGGUGUUUGAUAUCAGACAUGUGUUGUCAGACGUCUGAUUUCAGGUGUUUGAUAUCAAUCAUCUGAUGUCAGGUGUCUGAUUUCAGACGUCUGUUGUACAGACGUCUGAUUUCAGGUGUUUGGUAUCAGACGUCUGAUGUCAGGUGUCUGUUCUCAGACGUCUGAUUUCAGGUGCUUGAUAUCAGACGUCUGAUGUCAGGUGUCUGAUUUCAGACGUCUGAUUUUAGGUGUUUGAUAUCAGACGUCUGAUGUCAGACCUCUGAUUUCAGAUGCCUAAUUUUAAGACGUCUGAUUUCAGGUGUUUGAUAUCAGACGUCUGAUGUCAGGUUCUGUUAUCAGACGUCUGAUGUCAGGUGUCUGAUUUCAGACGUCUGUCGUCAGAUGUCUGAUUUCAGGUGUUUGAUAUCAGACGUCUGAUGUCAGGUUCUGUUAUCAGACUUCUGAUGUCAGGUGUCUGUUGUUAGACAUCAGCUUUCAGACUUCUGAUUUUAGAUAUCCGAUGUCAGACCUCUGAUUUCAGAUGCCUAAUUUUAAGACGUCUGAUUUCAGGUGUUUGAUAUCAGACGUCUGAUGUCAGGUUCUGUUAUCAGACGUCUGAUGUUAGGUGUUUGAUAUCAGACGUCUGAUGUCAGGUUCUGUUAUCAGACAUCUGAUUUUAGGUGUCUGAUAUCAGACGUGUGAUGUCAGGUGUCUGUUGUGAGAUGUCUGAUUUUAGGUGUCUGAUUUUAGAUGUCUAAUGUGAGACAUCUGAUUUCAGACGCCUAAUUUUAAAUGUCUGAAUCAGAUGCAGGUUGUCAGACGUCUGACUUCAGAUGUCUGAUGUCAGCUGUCUGAUAUCAGAGGUCUGAUGCCAGAUGUCUGAUGUCAGGUGUAUGAUAUAGAUAGAUGGAUCUUCGAUCUUCUAUGAUCUUCGAUGCCUUAUUAGGUGCAGUUGAAUAUUUUCACGGAAACUGUAUGGUACUUUACAAAUUUUUAAAAAUAAUAAUGAUAAUGAACACCCUGAGACUUGUAGGAAAUGCAUGGAGAUCAAUCGGGAGGAUUUAUAUGUUGCUGUUGUGACUUAGGGGGCUUUGAUCCUAACCCUCUGCAGGUUCCUCUCCUUGGAUUUUCCACUGAAACGUGAGGCCUGUACACACCCACUUGCACAUAAACGUGUAUUAUACUAUCACCUGGUAUAAUCAGACCGAGGCUAAUAAUAAAAUUAAUAAUAGCACUCAGGAUAAGUCCUUAUUAUUAAUUUUUGCAUUUUACAAAAUUAAAAAUGCUGAAUGGAAUCCCAGCUAUUCAAAUAAUUAUUCUGCAAGAGAAUUGAAUUGCUUUAAAAAAAAUUGGGACUUCUGGAAUUUUGGGAUGAAAAGUGAAAUGUUUGGUGUAUGAACUGUUGCAUGCUUUUACUAUGCACGAUGAAUGGGCAAACUUAUGUGUAAGAAAAGGUUGAUCUUUUCCUUAAGCUUCCACUGCAAUGAACUUGAGCAUGAUGUAUGCAGCCAUUUUUUGGUUCCUAUGUGACCCUGGUAAAUGUCCAUUGCAUUUAAAUGGCUUCCUUUUUGCCAAUCUACUUACAUCUGAGUCAAAAAUGCCUUUUUUUAUUUAAGAUGCUGAUACAACCGUUACGUCUGGUUCUGCAACAGAAGCAACCCCAUCAGCAGCUGCAUCUAAACAAGGUAAGCUUUAAAUUGCUUAAAGGAUAUGUCUCUGAAAGGCUGAGAUUGGUGCCAAAAAGAAUCUUGUAUGCCAGUGCCUCAUUUGUAAGUUUUAAGUAUACCCCUAAGCUAUGGCUUGAAUUGCAGUGCUCAGUGUAUUGGUUGUUAUCAGAUUUGUGUCAUCAACUUGAUUUAAAAAAUUCACCAAGAAAGAGUUUUCCAAGCAGUGAAUGAAGGGGUGGUGAAUCGACAGGACUUUGUGGAAGUCAACGCUAUUUUAUGCCUGAAAUGUGGAUAUCUGUCAAAGAUCUUUUUGGGAUGAACAAUUUAGACAAAUCAAUCAAAUACCAAGCAUUAAAUGGCAAUCAAAAGACAUCUUGUUGUCGUGCAGCACUGUUGGUAAUCCUCAUGUGGGUGUAUGAUGUCAUGCAAUUGAUUUUUACAUGAUUACAGCAAAUGGAAUUGUUAGAGGUAUUGAUGAGUCUUCAAGUGAUGCUGAAUUUAAAGAGAAUAGUAGUCAAAAGGUAAUUAUUUGUUCACUGUGGAUGUUAUAACUCUUAAAACGUGCUAGUGUGUAGCAGAAAUCAUCUAAGCUUGAAACUGCAAUUAAGUGUUUUUUAAAUUUUAUUUUUAUGGAUGCUUGACAUCAGAUGUUUUUCGCUGUUGUUUAAACUGAAGAGCAUACCUUGGAGACAAGUUGCAGUAAUCUGAAUGCAUGUUAUUUGCAUCAUAAGUAAUCUCGUCACAAACUAGUGUUUACGUACAACUGUUUCAGAUAACACAUGACCUACGGUAGGAUUUUGGUUUUUUCUGUGAUGUCAAUCAAAAAUACAGCCCAAUCAUCAUAAUUAUAGUUCGCAAAAGUCUUCUUCAUGGUGGAGAAAUUCUGAAGGGUAAGGGUAGAAACCAAACCUGAAAGUCUUUUUGACAAGCAAGGAUUGAAUGCCAUGGUAAAGGUUUGAUUGAUAAAAAACCCAACAUCAAGUUUCAAGGUAUCAGGUAUUUGCAAUUAGUAGGUGGGGAAAUGAAUAGCUAAGGAGUUCUUUUGGUCUCAUUUUCCUUUUGUUUCCCACGAAAAUUGACUGGGGUCAUGCUCAUUGUACCCUGGGGGAAAUCCCCGGCCCCCGGCCCCCGGCCCCCAGCCCUUAGUGACAGCCCUGUUAAGAAUUUCUGACAUUGCAGUGUGUUAUCCAAAACUAAGUCAUUUUUUAAUUUGGAUUGGUGUGACAUCAGAUGUUUUUUCACUGCUGUUUAAAAAGAGCAGACCUUGAUGACUAGUUGCAUAAUGUGAGUGCAUGCUCUUUGAACUACAUGUAAUCUAAUUUAUACAGACUAGUAUGUGGUACCAUGAUGAAUAUUUCUAUUGUCACAGUCUUCUGAAGUUGGAGAAACAGACUCCAACUCCUCUCUUCAUAGCUGGUCAGACAACAUUGUGCUUCCACUGACAUUUGCGUCAGUAUCCAGAUACAAGACAGGGGAGGAUUCUCUUAGGUUAGCUAAUGGAGAUAAUAGCUAGGCUGAUUUAGCAAUAGAGAGGGUCGGAAUGUCUGCAGUUGACGACAGCGCACGUAACUGAAACAACUGGCUUGACCAAUAGCAGAGCAGUAAAUUGGCACCGGAAGGUGCGCUUAGUCCUUUCUGCACGCUUUCCCUUUGGUGUGUCGUCAACUGACGUUCCCAUUGUGUUGCUAAAUCAGCCUAAUGAUGAUGAAACAUCAGAGAUGUGUGCAAACAUUUAAAGAUCUGAAAUCUGCAGACUCUCUCUUUUGCAUUACUCUCCCCCCCCUGAAAUAUCAAUGACCAAACCACCCUUCCUCCCUCCCAAUAAGAAAAAAUCAACCCAGCGGCAUUAAUUACAACAUGUGUUUAUAGCCAAGGGAAUUAUAAUUUACAAAGUUUUACAUAAAUUACAGAUCAUCAAAGUUCACUUCUAUGAUUGAAAUGACAAAAAAUUGUCUUUGUCAGUGAUGAAAAAUGUGCAAAAAUGCUCCAUAAGCCAUGGGGGAUUUAAAUUUGGGGGAAGGGGGGGGGGGGGAUGGACGUAAUUCCCAACUAGAAAAACAGAUUCUAUCAUAAAGGUCAAUUUUAUCUGAGAGAUAUGGUGACCCGUAUGGGAGACCAGGAGGUUCAGGUGCUGUGUCUGGGAAAGUUGGCAUAUACGUAAUUUUGAUGGCCUAAUUAGUAUAGGUAAUAGCAUGAUUUGUAGUGAUAUUUGGCAUAAAUACCACGAGUGAUAUUUCAAAAUUAUUAUACGUAAUUUCACGAGCCGUUAGGUGAGUGAAAUUUGAGACAAUUCUGAAAUAUCACAAGUCGUAUUUAUGCCAAAUAUCACGAACAAAUCAUGGUUUUAUUUGUUUAUACUACUACCCGCAAAAGGUUUGUAAUUUUCACAUAUAGGUAUUUCAAAUUAAGCUCAAAUACCACUGCUCUGAGCCAAUUAAAUUGCAGAAGUUUCUGAUGUAGUAGUAUAAUGGUGGUGAUAAUGACAUGGCAGUAAUUAUGUAAUAUUUGUGUUGACUUUUAUUAAGAAUUUGUUGUUCCAGAAAACAUACUUACCCACCCCAUGGAGGACUGUAUUUAGAAAUCAGAUGUGAAGGGGGUCUUAAAGGCCAAUGUUUUUGUAGGGGAAAGUAUGAAGUUUAACUAGAAUUUCCAAAAGAGUGGGGGUGUUCAGCAGACAACCUUCUUUGGGGAGAGUAUGAGAUAUUUUCGGAAACAAUGCAAAAUUGUUCCAAAAUUUAGAUGUCUUAAAAGCAAGAAGUACUGUUUCAUGUGAUAUAUACUGUUGUCUAAACUGGAUCAUAUUUGCUAUUUUGUUACAGGAACAAUGCGUUUGAGGUCAGUUCCAUGGAUGGUGGAGCCUCGGUAGUUCUUUACAGUGAAAAUAAAGGAGAACUGUUGUCAUGGUAUUCUGCCAUCAAGGACAGAGUAGUCAUGCUUCUUGAACAGUCAGUAAGUGACUCAUAAAUUGAUAACGGGCCUGGGGGGUACUUUAGUAAUUUUUGGGUUGGGUGUGCCGCUGGGACUCUGGAACCCUUAGCCUAUACCAGACCUAGGGUGCUUUCCAUUUGUCAGAACUGAUUGGCCAGACCAUUCCCGUCUUAAUAAGAAUUUCGCUUUUAAUUAAAACUAUCCAGCCAGAUUAGUCAAAUCCUAAACAGUGUAUAGGAAGAAGGUGGUUUUUCAGCAAAAACCCUUGGAAAAAGCUGAUUUCGUUUGCUAACUGACUGGUCCAAUAUUUGUCUGGCGGGCCAGUUCUGACAAAUGGAAAGCGCCCCUAGUUCAGCUGAAUUUUGCUAACCUGUACUAGACUAAACUCCCCAAGUUCAGCCCUAUCUUAGAGUAGCUUUCAGGCUGAGUUGCCUAAAUUUAAACUUGCCUUUUUGAUUUGUUAUAUUGUUGAGUGGCAAUUCCCAGUUUCCCUAGUCUAGACUAAAAUCUUCAACCAACUGAUCAGUUUCCUGCAAAAUGAUACGCUAUUAUAGACCCAAACUCUCUGAUUGAUAAACCCUAUCCCAGAGUAAACUGCUUGAAAACCAUACCCUUCACAGUGGCACAUACCUAUAUUAAUAUAGCCCAUAUAUGGCAGUACCCGCCGCCGCCUGGUUAGCUCAGUUGGGAGAGCGCCGGUCUGCUGAGCGGGAGGUCGUGGGUUCAAACCCCGGCCUGACCAACACUUAGGGUCUUUAAAUAACUAAGAAGAAAGUGCUGCCUUUGUAAUGACAUCUGCAAAUGGUUAGACUUUCUAGUCUUCUCGGAUAAGGACGAAAAACCGUAGGUCCCGUCUCACAGCACUUUCACUUAUCUGUUCUUGUGGGACGUAAAAGAACCCACACUACUGUUCGGAAAGAGUAGGGAUGGCACCUUGCAUGGGACCUAUGAGUCCCGUUCGUGCCUAUUCCCUCUGGGCAGGCCUGUGUCCAGAAAAGCUUGUAAAACUAAAAAAAAAGUACCCCUCCUGGCACGGAAUUACUGGUUGAAGUAAGUUGUUCUGGUGAAUUACAGUGUGAGACCUGGCCUUACGACCACCUCGUUUAUAAGACCGUAUUCUUUCGACCCAAACAUAAAAACCACUGAGUCAUUUGUUGAUCUUGAAGACCCUGUUAUGCCACCACCUUAUUAUUACGAUCCGGAUUUUAUGGCCCAACUAUGGUCACAUUAACGGGGUUCCGCUGUACUUCUCUGCUAAGCUAGACCAGACCUGACAACUGUAAAACACUAGCACUAAAGUCAUGCAGCGCUCCCCUGAAGUUGUUUAACAAGACACAUUAUUUUAAAUAACAUAGUCUGUGACAGUUACUCAAAGAGUUUCAGAUUAAAUGUGUUGAAAAUUUGUUUCAUUUAAUCAAACUGAAGAAGGUUAUUCUGGAUCAUUAUACGUUUCUGGGAAACUGCCCCCCUACCCCUCCCUUAAGCCAACGUCAACACUUACUUCUCACUUAGGGCAAAAUGUUGGCUUAGGAGAGGGGUAGGUGGGCAGUUUACCAGAAACAAUUAUUCUUUUGCAUACAAUCAACUCUCUCAAGACAGCUAUAAGAUGGUUACCCUCAAAAACUGACAUCUGGAGUUAGUCCCUUUCUCCAGUCAUUUUCUUUGAAUCUCUGUGCGGCAGACACCUGUUGAAAAUGGAAACUUAGAAUUGGAGGUUCUUUCGUCCUCUUUUGUCCUGUUCUUUGACUGUAAUCUGUCUUUCUCUCGCUUUGUGGCCAAGCUGUGGAAUGAGAUACUCUGUCACAUCUGACAUCUCCCCAUGAAUAAGUUCAAAAAAACACUCCACUCCGAACACUUGAGCCCACGAUACAGUUAUGUGACACUGGUCAGCGGAUACCUUUUUGAUAGCUGUCAAUCGACCAUAACACGGAUGUCCAUAAGGAUGACCACUAUCAAGUUAAACACAGAUUGUAUAUGCCUUGGACACCUAGCUUGCAAUGCCUGUUCAUUACAAGAAAAUCUUGCCCAUUUAGCAGCCAAUCAGAGUGAGCGUGCCAUUGUAGCCAUGCAUAUAAUAAUUGUGUUGUAUUGUUUCUUUGUUUUAGAUGAAUCUCUCAAAUUCGUCAUUGCCAGUUUCUGAGCAGGUCAGUCAUUUGCACUGUUAUUGUGUUGCAAAAAAUUAUAACUAAGCUAGAACUGGAAGAAACACUAACUGCCAGAAGAACCAUACAUGUCCACCUGUCAUCUCACUCACCUGGACCCACCUUUUGUACGACUGCUGCCCCUGGUUUGUGUUAAAAAAUUGAGUACCAGAAUUCAGAGUAGUAGGUCUAUUUCGGCCAGACCAACACGAAGAGUGUUCAAAUAACUGAGGAGUAGAUAUUGCUUAAUCGUUUCAUCUCUGCACGUAGUUAGAUCUUUUAGUCUUCUUGGAUAAAGACGAAAAACCAUAGGCCCCAUCCUACAGCACUUUCACUCAAGUGGCUCUUGUGCAAUGUAAAUGAUUCUUAUCCCUCGAAAUGCUGAGUGACCAGUAUCAGUUUUCUCUUGACAAUAGCCAUACAUGAUGAUCACGGUCACCGAAGGGGAAAUUCUUUGAUCCUGUAACAAAUUCUUUCAAAUAAUUGUUCAAGGAAAUUAUGGACGUCAGUGUGGAGAAUUUGCAUGUGGAUAUUGAAGCUUAAAGCCCUGGCCUCAGUUGUUCAAAGAUCGACCAGAUAAUUAAUCUCUAUCCAGUGGAUAGUACAAUUAGUUUCCCUAAUACUAAUCCGCUGGAUUGUAAUUUUCCCAGUGGAUAGCUCUAUCCAACGUUUGAACAACUGGGGCCUGGUUAAAUCAACAAAAUUUCUUGUCCUAGAAAUAAAAUGAGCGGUUGACACAUGCCCAUAGGCAACAUUGCUUGUAACAAUUUGAGGCAUUUGUGCAACCCUUUAUACAUGACUGUUAAAGGAAGUGGAUUUCCAACUACAGUUUUAAUUAAAAGAUAUUAAUUUUUUUUGUUUUCUUUAUUUCAGGUUGUAUAUAUGGGCUGGGUAUGGGAAAGAAUGAAAUCUACAAACCACUGGAACGUCUGGAAAAGAAAGUUUCUAACACUCAAAGGCUCAGAGCUUCAGAUAUUCAAUAUGCCACCAGUAAGUACAUGUAAAGUGAUGUAUUGAUUUGAUGUCUAAAUGUUCACAGUUGAACCUCCAUUAACCCUUUGACCCUUUAAGACCUAAGAGUGAUCAGCAUCAAAUUUCUCCUUGUAAUAUCAAUGCUUUGUUAAACAGAGUGGUCAUGAGAAUUACGGACAUGAUCACACAAGAUGAAUUUGUUUGAUAUUUUAUCAACUUCUCCCCACUACUUCUGUAGGAAAUGAAUUGGGGCAACAAAUGAGAAUUCAGAUUUUGAUCUUAGGGUUUAAAGGCUCAAGUCCCAAGAGUGACAAACACCCGGGGGGUUGGGGGUACUCCCCGUGGAGUAGUGGAGGGAAAUGCUUCUGUUCUUGUGAACCAACACGGCCACCCUUUGGUCAGCUGCAAUUAUUGUACUCCUGUUUGAUCCUUGUCUUCCCUUUACAGAAAUAUCCAAACGUAUGUAAGGGUAUCUUAUUCACGUUGCUUGCCAAUAUAAAAACCCCUUUUUUACUUGAAAUCGCUGCUAGUCACUUCUGUGAGAAAUAACGCUCACCUCCCCUCCCCUCCCCGCUAGUCAGAGUUGUUCCUCCAAGUUUGAGCAUGGUUUUGUAUUGCAAGCAAAUUUGACCGGGGGGGUGGUGCACAAGUUCAUUCAUCAUGAACAGGCCAUUUAAGUCCAAAUAAGGUCAAUUGUGUCACUUUUUUGCAAUGGUUGUAGCAUCCAAAACUUUUCCUGAGUUACGAAUGGGAAAGAAAUGUGACCUUUCAAACAUUUCACCUUUUUUACUUGUUAGAGUGGACAGGUUCACAUAAUGUUUCCAACCCCUUUUUAGGUUAUUGCAAGAGAUUGGCUCCAGAGUGAAAUUUCAUACAGUGUGAUGGAAUUAGUAUGUCAUACAUGCAGGGUAGGUAAAAUAGUUUUCUGUGUUUUUUUGCCAAGUAAAUCACCAGAAAAUUAGACCCAACAGGCGUAAUUGUUUGUGUUAAUUAGUCGUUAAAAUACUUUGUGAAUCUCUUGACAGGAUGAUGAGAUACUUGAUAAACGAGAAUUUUGCUUUUGCAUUCAGUCCAGUUCCGGAGAUAGCCAUUACCUUGGAGUGGGUAAGUCAAAAGUCAUGAUUCAAGAAAACUCCAAAGUUCCCUUCUUUUCCAGUUAAUUUCUAAGCAUUCGCUUUGAUUUAAGGAUAUAAUGAUUACGUUAAGGCGGAAGACAAUUUCUUUUGUCAUGGGGCAACAUCCAGAACCCCAAUAAGUAAUGAACUGACAGAUUGAGGGCAUUGCAUUUAUAGUUCAACUUUUUUCUUCAUAUUAAGUCCUUGUAAAAUAAUGUUGCUUGUCCCAUCAAAGCUUUUGGGUUUAAUGAGGGGGUCAACUUGCAUCUAUGUUUGGAUUGCAGACACAGAGUCCGACUUGACCGAGAUUGUAAAUCGAGUUCAGAAGGCCACUCAUGAAGCUGUCAUCCGAGUAGAGGUAUGGAACAGAAUUAAGGGACAUGUUUGUAAUGUUAGUUAUAUUUACUACAAUAUAGAGGAGAAGUGUGACGUCGCGUUACCAUGGUAGCAAAAUUUCUGUAUCACAACAGUAGGGAGUCGAGUUUUGCAACGGCAACGGAAAACAGCAAAAAGGCAAUAGGUUUUAGAUUGGCAAAAGAGCAACUUUGCACGUGCAUCACGCUUUUUUGUACAUUUCUUAGCCGUUGUUGCACGACUGCGCCCGCUUUAUGGAGUCGGUGAGAAUAACACAAAAAUUUUCUUUUUCUUUCGGAUUCAACCCAGAAAAUUUCGCCAUCAUUUGACAAAUUAAGUGAUAUUAAAUAAGAUCGAUGAAGAUGAAACAGCGCGAGUCCACUUUUUAAGUGACGUUUUGAUUUGUUGUCAUCCAAAAUUUUGCUACCAUGGCAACGUGACGUAACGAUUUCUCCUCCCUAUUCUCACCUAAUAACAAGCGACUUGAAAUGUGCCUAGACUGCAACAAGUCUUCGAAACAGUUGUAAUGUCAAUUUUCUUUGUCUUCCCAGUCACGAUCAUUUCCUGGUAAAUGGCGUGGUCAGAGUGUCAAGCUUGUGUUCGACCUAAAGAGAGGCUUAAGGCUCUACAGUUCUACAGACAGGGUUUGUAUCUUUGUAUGCCACUUGCUACAACUUAUGCGAAAUGUUAAAAAAUGGCUGUGUAGUAGGGGAAAAGGCUGUAUAACUCUGAAUAUCGCCCGAUAUUCAAGGCAUGAUCCAGUUUUGGCCAAUGCUCGACAACAUAGGCGUUGUGCUUGACAAAGUUGCCGGGCCCAAUUUAUUUUUCAAGUUGCAAAUCGUUUUCCAUCCUGACCAUCGUUGCCAAAGACACGCUCUGACAGUUCACCCUUUUAACGCUAGGAGUGAUCAGAAUGGAAUGUCUCCUUGUAAUAUCAGUGGGAAUUAAGGAGAUGAUCACACAAGAUGAAUUCCAUCGAUGCUUUAUCAACUUUCUCUAAACACUUCUUUAGGAAAUAUAUAAAGGCAACAAUGAGAAGUGAAAUUUUGAUGUUAGGGUUUAAAGGGUUAAGUUAUAUGAUUUAGCAGAGAACCAUUUUUUCAAGGUUUUCUUUGAGUUUUUAGGGUUUUAAAGUAAUACCAAAAAAUGCGACAUAAAACCUUUAAUAUGCUUACAUAAAUGUGAUGAUCUUUCAUGUGUUGAAUGUUUAGACAUUAACAGUCUUCUCGAAUAUGGACGAAAACAUAUCGUAUCUGUCAUGGGUUUUGGGUGUGGCUCGGGAAGAUACCCGGCAUCAGACCCGCUGAAUCACGAACCUGUACAUCCCCAUUGGGAAAGCCCGUUCCUAGUAAGGCUGGUACCAUAAAUCCCCUAUUAAGCCCCCCCCCCCCCGGGGGGGAGGGGCUUAUUUAUUUCAAACCCAUUUGAGGGGGGGCUUAAUAGAGACGGGGGGCUUAUUUAAUUUAGAAAAGACGAUGGUAUCAGUUCUCCAUAAAAAAACCCCUAGAAUACAAAGUGGAAUGCAGCCGAUGAUCAAAAACAAAUCCGAACUUCUAGUUGAUAAAUAAACAAUCCCAGAUCAGUCCACACGAAGUUUUACAGUUGUGACUGAUUAAUACAGUCUACCAUUUAUUAGUGAAGAAUAUUUAGGGGAGAGGAGGGGAGCCUUAUAAGCUUUCUUCCCCUGAAAAUGGUGGGCUUAUUAGAGGGAGGGGGCUUAUUUGAGAGGGGGGGGGGCUUAAUAGAGGAUUUACGGUAAGUAGUUCUGCAAGCAAAACAAUAAUAUUGUAUUCGCUUUCUUCUAGUCUCUACUAUGGCAAUAUCGUUUUUCCUUUCUUCGUGGGUCGUCUGACGAUGGUUAUCAUAAAAUUGUGUUGUUAUUUUCCUCAUCUCCUGCUGGGCCUUUUGAUAGACAGGUAAGGCUUUCUAUUCUUUCUGUGCCCUUUCAAUACAAAAGUGUAAAAAAUCCAGAAACAUAAGUACCCAUCUUUUUCUGUGGCAAAAUACUCAGAAGCAAAAAAGUGUGAAGGUAACAAUGGUAAAGCUUUGUAAUUUUGGAAGUACACUUAGAUUUUCCCGCUAGAUAACUUCACUUAUUUGAUUAAUUAGAAACAAAUAAUCCAACUAGAAGGCAAGCAGUUUGUUAUUUACAAACCUGGGGGAGGAUUUGAACUUAUGACGACCGAUAAACAAAUCCAGCUAGUGGUCGGAGUGGAACUUAAACUCUGAACCGCCGGAUCAAAUCCCAUUACAUCUUAUCCGCGUUUUACCAUAGGUUCUCUGAAGUUCUAGCAGACCUAUUGUAGCACUUAGCGUGAAUUCAUGCAACCCAGUUACGCUUUUUAAGCAAAUUUUUGGGAAUUAAAAUGACUCUCGAAUUGUGCGCAUUCCUAUCGGUGACGUAGCACACGGUCUUAUGGAAAAUCACAGUGCGCGCAUAUCUUUGGCGCCCUUUUAAACGAGACAAAGCACGCGGGUUAACUCACCAGUACGAGCUCGCCAAACGUUUGGAACUUUGAACGAAAAAGCAUUUGAUUUCACUAGUCCUUUUGAAAAUGUUCUCGUGCUUAUGUAUAGCUUAGCAAUGCACUUGGCGUAUCUUAACUAGUGUUACUAUGGCCCAGUGACUACAGCUGUAACAACAACCUUUUUUGCGUUGUAUUUCAGGAGUUAGAGUUCACCAACAUGCAGCAAGUCCUGACGGUGAUGCAUGCUUUCUAUGCUGCCAAAGUUGCACAAGUUGACCCUUCCUUUUCUUUUGAUAACAGCUUUUAACCAUCCAACAACGGCAGAUAUUUAGUUUCUUUCUGUCAGUCUGUCAGUUAAACAAAAGGCCCCGGUUGUUCAAAAGUUGGAUAGCACUAUCUACCGGAUAAAUCGCUAUCCAGUGGAUAAGUAUUACGGAAACUAAUACACCUUUUUACCGAUACGGCGGCC